CAGUUCGCUGUGGAAAAAGAACCAUUGCCUUUGCUCUGUUUCCUUGCAGCAGUAUUUAAGAAGCCUCCAGUCCCCACUCCUCAUAAACCAACCCCCGGCGCACGAUAGCCCCUAACCGCACUUUUUUUUUACAUUUUCCUUUACUUAUAAAUAACUCGAGAGCUUUCUCUUUGUCGCGAAAUUUCGUAACCUUAAAGUGAAGUUGUCUCCAAAAUUCUAUGCUGAUUAUGUACGGCAGAUCUAUCAAAUCAUCUUAAGCGAGUAAGUCUUUACCAAGACUAGCGAGAUCAAGUGAUUUGAAGGCCAGAGCUGGCUGCUUUAGUUUGGCAUGUGGGGACGUCAACGUGAAGCACUCUCAAUGUACAAGAGGUUGUCAUCAAGAGAUCAUUCAACUGUAAUGGAUGUAGAAGAGAAUUCAGCUCUCUUACAGAACAGCAUGGAUGUGGAAAGUACAAAUCCUUCAUGGAGGCUUUCUUUCCCGCAUGUACUAGUGGCAACCAUAUCUUCAUUCCUAUUUGGCUACCACCUUGGGGUAGUUAAUGAACCGCUUGAGAGCAUCUCUUUAGAUUUAGGUUUCAGUGGGAAUACUCUGGCUGAAGGUCUGGUGGUGAGUACAUGUUUGGGUGGUGCCCUUAUUGGAUCUUUGUUCAGUGGUUGGAUUGCUGAUGGUGUUGGGCGCCGUAGGGCAUUUCAGUUGUGUGCUGUGCCUAUGAUUAUUGGUGCUUCUAUGAGUGCAACAACAAAAAAUUUGGUGGGUAUGCUCAUUGGAAGGUUCUUAGUUGGGACUGGAAUGGGACUUGGUCCACCUGUUGCAGCUCUAUAUGUGACGGAGGUUUCCCCUGCUUCUGUGAGGGGUACUUUCGGAAGCUUCAUCCAGAUUGCAACAUGUCUGGGACUUAUGGGGGCUUUGUUUAUCGGAAUCCCUGUCAAAGACAUUGCUGGCUGGUGGCGCAUUUGUUUUUGGGUCUCCACGAUUCCUGCUGGGUUACUUGCAUUUGCCAUGAUGUUUUGUGCUGAGAGUCCACAUUGGUUAUACAAGCAAGGAAGAAGUGCUGAAGCGGAAGCUGAAUUUGAGAGGCUUUUAGGUGGAUCACAUGUCAAAUAUGCCAUGUUAGAAUUAUCCAAAUUUGACAGAGGGGAUGAUGCGGACACUGUGAAACUCUCAGAAUUGCUCUAUGGCUGCCAUUUUAGAGUUGUCUUUAUUGGGUCAACCCUCUUUGCUUUACAACAGCUAUCUGGUAUAAAUGCUGUAUUUUAUUUCUCUUCAUCUGUAUUUAAAAGUGCGGGAGUACCAUCAGACCUUGCGAAUGUGUUCAUUGGAGUUGCAAAUUUAACAGGAUCUAUCAUUGCGAUGCUAUUAAUGGACAAACUUGGAAGGAAGGUGCUUCUUCUGUGGAGUUUCUUUGGCAUGACUAUAUCAAUGGUUCUUCAAGUCACUGCAGCAAAUACUUAUGUGUCAGGCUCUGGAUCUUUAUACCUAUCAGUUGGCGGCAUGCUAAUGUUCGUCUUUACAUUUGCACUAGGAGCAGGUCCUGUUCCAGGUCUUCUUCUACCAGAAAUUUUCCCUAGUCGAAUCAGGGCAAAAGCUAUGGCAAUCUGUAUGUCAGUGCACUGGGUAAUUAAUUUCUUUGUGGGCUUGCUGUUCCUUCGUUUGCUGGAGCAACUUGGGCCACAGCUCUUAUACUCGAUGUUUGCAAGUGUUUGCAUGAUGGCUGUGGUCUUCGUUAAAAGGAAUGUAAUGGAGACAAAAGGAAAAUCUCUUCAAGAAAUUGAGAUAGCUCUUCUCCCACAGGAAUAGAGGGUCAAAACAUAAACAAAUGGGAAGGGCAGGAAUUUUGAUUGAACAAUAGAUCUCAUGGAAACCAAGUUUGGCACCAGGCAGAUGUUUGACAUGAAGUAAUAGUUAUAAAUCCAUCUGGCCCUUAAUUCAUCUGGGGCCAAUUGUAUUUUGUGGAGAGUUCAUAAUAUUGUAGUGAGAGCGAUGUAUUCCGGCAUCAAAUGAUAUUAGAUGCGCUGUGUAUGUGACAUUUUUUUAUCAAAUCUUUAUGGUUCAAUUUGUUUUU